CUGGCCGCCGAGCUGGAGCGUGCGCGCUGCACUUCUGCGGCGCAGUUCUUUAAAGUACGUGCAGAGUGGACGUCUUUCUCCAGGCCGCUGAUGGUCAGUCUUCUGUUUGUUAGAUCCACAAACGGAUCGGAGGGAGGAAACCUAUAAUGGAGGGUAUUAAAUGAAAAUGAUUUGCAGACCGGAAACCCAAAAAGAAACACCACGUCAAAUUCCGACAAUGCUAUUCGACUCAUCAGGACUUGGCUAUCAGCCGACUUUUACGGUGUGAGAAGAAGAAGGCUUACCUUUGGGAAAGACUUCAGGUUGUUGAAGGGGGAAAAUUUGCAUUCGGAAAACUUUAAAUUAAAUAUUAAUUCAGCAUCUGAUGGAGGUACCCAAUCUAUCACAACCUGAAUUUCAUCAGGUUUGAACAUGGAAGGAGAAAACACCAUUCACAAUGGGGAGAAGCCAUACAUCUGUUGUGUGUGUGGAGUAGGAUUCAGCCGAUCAUCUGGCCUGCUGAAGCACAAACGCAGUCACAUCAGGGAGAAGGCCUGGAAAUGUGGUGACUGUGGGAAAGGAUUCAAUUACCCAUCUGACCUGGAAAGGCACCGACGUGGUCACACUGGGGAGAAACCAUGGAAAUGCGGAGACUGUGGGAAGGGAUUCAAUUAUCCGUCUCAGGUGGAAAUUCAUCGACGUAGUCACACUGGGGAAAGACCUUUCACCUGCUCCAAGUGUGGGAAGCAAUAUGCCCAGGUAGCCCAUCUGCUGAAACACCAGCUGGCUCACACUAAUGAGAGACCUUUUAAAUGUCCAGAUUGCGAGACCUGCUUUAAAAGUUCUGAGAAACUGAUAUCCCAUCAACUUGUUCACACCGACGAGAGGCCAUUCAGAUGUGCUCAUUGUGGGACUGCAUUCAAGCGAUCAUCUCAACUGAUCAUACACCAGCGAAUUCACACUGGGGAGAGGCCAUUCACCUGCUCCGUGUGUGGGAAGGGAUUCAUUCAGUCAUUCCAUUUGAUUACACACCAGCGCGUUCACACUGAUGAGAGACCUUUUAAAUGUCCAGACUGUGAGAAAUGCUAUAAAAGUUCCAGGGAACUGAUGAACCAUCAACGUGUUCACACUGAAGAAAGACCAUUUCGAUGCCCUCACUGUGGGACUGGCUUUAGACAAUCAUCUCAACUCACUGUGCACCAGAGAAUUCACACUGGUGAGAAGCCGUUCACCUGCUCUAUUUGUGGGAAGGCAUUUACUCAGUUAUCCACAUUGCUGAGACACCAGCGAGUUCACAAUUUACAUACUCAUGAGUUGACGGAAGAUCUCUUGUUUGUUAAACUUGUAAAAUCCAUACAUUCAUGUUGCAUGGAUCUGUUGCUCAGUAUGUAUGUGUUCACACUGACCCGAGACUAUUAUCAUCGGAUUUUGAACAUGGAAGGAAAAGGCACCAUUCACGGUGAAGAGAAACCAUACACAUGCUCUGUGUGUGGUCGAGGCUUCAGCCAAUCAUCUGACCUGUUAAGACACAAGCGCUGUCACACUGGGGAGAAACCGUACACGUGUUCUGUGUGUGGACGAGCCUUUAGCCAAUCAUCUGGCCUGUCAGAGCAUAAAUGUAGUCACACUGGGGAGAAACCAUGGAAAUGCACAGACUGUGGGAAGGGAUUCAUUUCUCCAUCGAAGCUGGAAACCCAUCGACGCAGUCACACUGGGGAGAGGCCAUUCACUUGCUCCACAUGUGGGAAGGGAUUCACUGCUUCAUCCCAACUCCGGAGGCACCAGCGAGUUCACACUGGGGAGUGGCUGUUUACCUGCUCUGACUGCGGAAAGGGAUUCACUCAGUCGACCCACCUGCUCGAGCACCAGCGAGUUCAUACUGGGGAGAAGCCAUUCACCUGCUCGGAAUGUGGGAAAGGAUUCACUCAGUCAUCCCACCUGCUUAAACACCAGAGAGUUCACACUGGGGAGAAACCAUUCACCUGUUGCGUGUGUGGGAAGGGAUUCACUCAGUCAUCCAACCUGCUGCUACACCAGCGAGUUCACACCGGGGAGAGACCGUUUACCUGCGCUGAAUGUGGGAAGGGUUUCACUGUGUCAUCUGACUUGUUGAGACACCAGCGGGUUCACACUGACGAGAGACCGUUUAAAUGCUCAGACUGUGGGAAGUGCUUUAAAAGUUCCGGGGACCUGAUGUCCCAUCAGCGUGUUCACACGGACGAGAGGCCGUUCAUUUGCUCUCACUGUGGGACUGGGUUCAGGCGAUCCUCACAACUGACUGUACACCAGCGAGUUCACACUGGGGAAAGACCGUUCGCUUGCCCCGAGUGUGGGAAAGGAUUUCCUCAGUUAUCCCACUUAUUGAAACACCAGAGAAUUCACACUGGAGAGAGACCAUUCACCUGCUCCAAAUGUGGGAGGGGAUUCACUCAGUUAUCACACCUGCUGAGACACCAAAGUGUUCACAAGUAACUACAGUGAUUUAAAUGUUGUCAAUAAUUCAGACCUGGGAAGCUUUAUAAUUAAUAAGGAGAAGAUAUGAGAUACCAGAUAAGAAUAGGAAUAGGCUGGUUGUCCAUAAAGUUAAUAAUGUACCAAGACUGGAUAAAAUGCAUCCACUAAUACUGAGGGAAGUGUGGGUGCAAAAAGUGCAAACUUUUCAGAUUCCUUACACUUAUCACUGGUGCCAGGGGAUUGGAGUACUGCAAAUAUUAUGCCCUGGGUCAAUUGGUUUAGCUUCAGUGAUUGUGAAAACUAGAAACAAUAAAUUAGGAUAAAAUUAAAAACCAUACGGACAAAUGCUAGUCAAUAAAGGAAAAUUAGUAUUACUUUCAUAUGUUUAAUUAACUUACUCAUUUUUUUGAAAAGGAAAUUAAGUUAUGUUUUUCGAAGAAGUGUGAGGGUUGAUUGUGGCAGAGCUGAUCUUGUUGUGUCCAUGACUUUCCAGAAGGCAUUUGAUACAGUGCCACACAACAGAGCCAUCAGAGGUCAUAGUACCAGAAGUUCAAUCUCUAUCAUCUUUAAUGGCCCUUGCAAACUACCACCCUCUCUCCACCUUUCCUUUCCUCUCCAAAGUCUCUGUUCCUAGGUAUUCCCUAAGGAUCUAUUCUUGGCACUUCCUAUUUCUAUCUCCAUGCUGCCACUAGGUGUCACCAUCCAAAAGCACAGUGUUCGUUUUCACAUGUGCACUGACAGUGUCCAGCUCUAUCUCCUCACCAUCCCUCGCCAACACUAUUCCUCCACUGUUACCACAGCAAAUUCAAACCAAAAGAAAAGUUUGCCUCUUCUUGAUUUCUAACUUGAAUUGAUAGUGAGAGUUUUUUUUGUAAACUCCUUUCAUUAGGUAUUAAAUGAAAAGGAUUUGCAAACACUAAACUUAAAAACAAACAUCAUGUGUCUGAAUAUCAUUUGGCUUUUGACCCUGGAAGGAUUAAGGUUUGUUCUGUCUGUGGGAAAAUGUUUUCAACAUUUAGAAAUAGAGACCAAAAUUAUUGAGGAGCUGGAAAACAAGGAAGUGAAUUUCAAAUUUCAGCUGUUACUGAACUGGGAUAGGUCAAUGUGCAAAGUGGUGAUAGUGAAAGGGACAUGAUGUAAGGACAAAUCGUGAUAAUGUGAAAAUUGUAGCGGUGAAAUUUGGGAGGUGGGAAUAUAAAGUUAGCAUCAUCAAGUGUAGAGGUAUCCGAGGAAUGGAUUAGGUUCAAAACUAGUUUAGCUGAGGCAGGAUGCAUAUUACAGAGGCAGAUCCUACAAAAGACCCUCCAUUUUGACGCUCUGUCUCACUCUGUUUCUUUCCAUCCAUUGAGGUCAGAACUUUGUGUAGGUCCAGACCAGGUGGCAGGUUUAGUGGACAUUAGUGAAUCAGUUGGCUUUUUAAGACAAUCCAGCAGUUUUUUGGUCACCUUUUCCUGUUCCUGGUCCGACAAAUUACCAGGUUCGUUCGGUUCAAUUUUACAAAGCACUGCUCACAGUGGGGAGAAACCGACGCCUGUGUGGAUGAGUCUUCAGCCAUUUGUCUGAUGUCUCAAGAGACCAGCUCAGUCACGUUGGCAAAAAGCUGUGGAAAUGUGGGGUCUGUGGGAAGGCUUUCACAUCCCCUUUUGUCCUGAGACAGCAUUGACACAGUCGUACUGGGGAGAUGCCAUUCGCCUGUUCCAAGUGUGGGAAAGGGACUGGAUUCAAGAAAUUGUACAACCUUACCGUGCACCAACAACUUCACACUGGGUAGAGACCAUUCACCUGCUGCAAGUGUGGGAAGGGUUUCACUCAGUUACACUGUCUGCUGAAACACCAACAAGUUCACAAAAUAAGCAGUAAUUAGAUUUUGCUGUGAAUUACAUUCAGGGCACAGCCAUGUUCUUUGCAGUCUGUUUCUGCUGAUAAAUCACAAUUUAAAUAUAUGUGUUAAUAUUCUGGAUAAACUCAAAUAAAUCAGCUUUGUGUUACCACA